AUGGGGGCCGCGAAGAGUAGGCCGGUGCGUGAGGCGCCCGUGCGGUACGUCGCGAAGCAGCUUCCGCGCGUCGACAGGACUCCGGUGGAGCAGCAGUUCAAGAAGCCGGAGUUCACCGCCCAGGGCAUCAACAGGCGCCUCGACGACGUCAACACGGAGCCGCUCAUGUACGUCGAGACGUCGAAGGAUGCGAGCAGCACGGAGCUGACGGACCACACCGCCCCCCGCUGGUACCUGAACACCUACAUGGAGAUGGUGGACAACCAACGCACGGACCAGGUUAUCAUCAGCGGCAACCUGCCGCUUUCCUGGGAGCGGGACAAGUUUGAGCCCUACGCCUUGGUGCGUGGCCGCAUAGACGACGAGGAUUUAAGGUGGGUGCUUGCUGCUGAGCAGCGCAAAAAGGGCGUGGAUGCGCUUUUGCCCUCCACAAAACUGGAGAGAGAUGUGCUACAAGACAUUCUAGACACGGUGGAGCUUCCACGCAUGCAGUACCGCAACUACAAGGGGAAACUGCAUAAAACUAUCGAGGACGCCAACACGCACAUUGCGGCACGCAAGGAACAGCUUGAGCGGGCGCGCGAGGAAGAAAUCUUACGCAAGAUUGGCUACAGCGAAGAGGAGGUGCUGCAAGAGGAGCAAUAUCUCAACAACCGAACUCGUGGUGUGAAGUCGCUUGAUGCCUUAGGAGCCAGCUUGCGGGAGAAAAAGAGACGAGAGCGUGCAGCACAGGCAAAUGAAAUGGAAGACCUCCUGGAGGAGCGUCGCACGCAAGAGUUGGAGGCCGGCGUCGCCGCCUUCACGGAGGAGGAGCUUCUUGAAAAACCUGAAGUGUUGGGCAUCAAACCAAAGCCCUACGGGACGCGGCGGCAAGUGUACAAGCACGUGUAUGCCGCCGAUUUUGGCAAGGACGACCGCAACCAGGCAAAGUUCCAGUGGUGGCUUGACAGGACACGCCGCAUCAAACGCGCCGUGGACACCAUUCACGGCGUCCCAGUGUAUAAUGAGCGGCUCUCCGCGAACGAGGAGCAAACGCGGAAGCAGAUGCGUGAGGCUGCGGAGUUCAACUUUACCCUUUCCCAGGCUCAGGGAGCAAAGGGAUUUACGGAUCCCCGCGGCCACUACGACGAGUUUAUGUCUGUGCUCCGGCAGAACAAGGACCUAAACGACGACAGUCGUGUCGAGGUGCAUGAGGACGACAUCUUGAAGAAUGACGUCUUUCGAUUUCCUCACACGAAGGGGCAUGGGCCCAAGUCACCACCAAAGAGAUUCACGGAUAAAGGGGAAAAGCCUGAAAAGGUUUGUACCGAUGUGAACAGGCUGCAUCGCGAUGAGGAGGCGGCGCAAGCCGUGCAGCAAGGUGUGAGGGCUGCGGAGGAGGUUGUUAGACAACACGCACGAAGCAAACAAGCCGCCGGGAAGUCCGAUAAGGAAAGUCUGGGUGACGUUGCAUCAUAUGAAAAUGACCCUUCUUCCAAGAAGGAACCCUGA